AUGUCGUCUCAAAAACAUAUUAUGCUAUCCUAUCAAUGGGAUCAUCAAAAACUUGUAACAGAGGUUUAUCGUCGUCUUAAGGAAUUAAAUAUUCCGUUAUGGAUGGAUACGCAAGGUGGAAUGAAAGGUCAUUUAAGUGAUAGUAUGGCAGAAGGAGUGGAAAAUGCAGCAGCUAUAUGUUGUUUUUUGACGCCAAAAUAUCAAGAUAGUGUCGCAUGUAAAGAUGAAUUAACUUAUGCAAAAGAACAACGCGUGUGUAUUAUUCCAAUACUUUUAAUACCAAAUUGGAAACCAACAGGUUGGUUAGGUUUUACUAUAGCAGGACAUAAAUGGAUUAAUUUUCGUGAUAUUGAUACAAAUAUGGAUUUAAGAAUGCAACAGUUAGUUGCUGAAAUUCAAAUGUUAGUUGGAGAUAAACUCGAUUGUUUUCAAGGUGUCAAACAAUGGAAUUUUACUCAUAAUGCAAACGAAGAACUAGAAGAACAAAAUGAAAAAUUUCCUUUGUCCACAUCUGAAGAACAAGACUUUGAUCCAAAUUCUUAUUAUCGUUUAACAACACAGUGGCAAGGUGAUAAUAAAUCUCUUGGUGUUGUUAAUGAUGGUAAAAAUAAUAAUCAACUUAUACUUGCUGAAUCUGAUGAUUCUAGCGGACAAUAUUGGAAGAUUACUCCAAUCGUUGAUGGUUUUUAUCGUUUGACAACAAAAUGGCAAGGUGAUCAUAAAUCUGUUGAUGUUGUUAAUGAUGGUAAAAACAAUAAUAAACUUAUACUUGCUGAAACGGGUGAUUAUAGCGGACAAUAUUGGAAGAUUACUCCAAUCGUUGAUGGAUUUUAUCGUUUGACAACAAAAUGGCAAGGUGAUAAUAAGUGUCUUGAUGUUGUUAAUGAUGGUAAAAAUAAUAAUCAACUUAUACUUGCUAAAACUGGUAAUUAUAGUGGACAGCGUUGGAAAAUAACAAAAAUGUGA